AUGUCUGACAUUCGUGCUCGGGAUUCAGCUGUCACUAGCAAGGAGAAAAAGAGGACCCGGGUCCAGCUGUCGUGCACGGCAUGCCGAAGCCGAAAGUUGAAAUGCUGUCGUACACACCCUUGCACUAAUUGCAAGAAACGGGGCGAGCCGCAUGCUUGCACUUUUAUCGGACGCGGUCCUCGAGGAAGGGCGUCGAACGGUCAUACGAGUCCAACCCAAGUUCAGGACCGCCUGCAGCAUCUGGAAAACCUCAUCCUGUCUCUGACGCAGAAGAAGAAGCUGGAUGAGACUCAUGGCUCCGAUGAGUCCGAGCUCCCGGUAGGCCAAGAGGACAUCAGCCCCCAGGACGAUAGCCAGGUCAUGCUGGAGACGCCCGUGUCGCAUGAGAGUUUCGAAACGAAGAACUCGCCUAUCGACGCGUCUAGCAAGCUGCUUGUCAAAGAUACGGGCACGAGCUAUAUCGACGGGGCGCACUGGAGUGCUAUACUCGAGGAAAUCAACGGGGUCAAAGAAUAUCUCCAAGGAAGUGAAGAUGAAUCUGACGAAGAAGUCGAAGAAGAAGACUCCUUUGAUAUGGCCUCUCCGACUCUACUGUUUGGACUGAACAAGCCCGCAAGCAAGGAAGAGCUACUGGCAGAUAUUCCUGCACGACCAGUAGCGGACCGGCUGAUCUCUCAGUUCUUCACUAGCAAGGAGCCUUUUAUAGUCGUUUUCCAUAUCAUCACUUUUCAAAGAGAGUACAACGCAUUCUGGGAAAAGCCAGAAAGCGUUUCACUGCCGUGGCUCGGUUUGCUUUACGGCAUCUUAACCUUGUCAGUUUCCAUCCAUCAGCGUCUUCAAGAGCCGCUACCCAGCCCUCUCAGAGACCCGGUGGAAACACUUGCUACAUUUCGCAAACGGACUGCGCAGUGCCUAGCCCAGUCGAACUAUACCAAGCCUGGGCGUUACAAGGUCGAAGCACUGUUUACAUGUACGAUGGUAGAAUUUUACCGCACCUACGACGCUCAGGUGGGCGUCUCAUUCAUGCUCGGCAUCACGAUCAGAUUGGCCAUGCGCAUGGGAUAUCAUCGAGACCCACAACACUUUCCCAGCAUUUCCCCUUUCGAGGGUGAGCUGAGACGGCGGGUGUGGUCGAUUCUGUGUCAACUGGACAGUCUAAUAUCGUUCCAGGUGGGCGUGCCUCGAACAAUUCAAGACUGGCAGCACGACGUUGAACCGCCGCGAAACCUCUCAGACGAAGACAUCUACGAGGAUAUGGAGCAGCUGCCGCCGUCCAAACCCGAUAACGAGGUGACGGCCACAUCGUACACUCGAGUGAAAUCGAGGAUCAUGUCGGUGUUUGGCAAGAUCUCCGACCUGGCGUACUCACGAGAGCCGGUCACCUACGAGCAGACACUCGAGAUUGACCGGCGUCUCGAAGAAGCACACAACAUGAUCACGCCGGCUUUCAAAUUGCGCCCUCUCGACCAGUCGAUCGCCGACCCGGCGGAGUUGAUCCUCCGACGGUAUACCUUGGAGCUGCUCUAUCAGAAGGCGCGAUGCGUGUUGCAUCGGAGGUAUUUAGGCGAAGUUCACACCGAUUUUCGGUAUGCGUACUCCCGCUGGGCCUGUAUGAGUGCGUCGAAGGAGAUCCUCCGACACCAAGCAGACCUGUACCACGAAACUCAGCCCGGGGGAAUCUUGUAUCGCGAUCGGCAGUUCCCCAACUCUUUGCAAUAUGCGGACUACUUACUCGCAGCUAUGAUCAUCUGCUUGGAACUCUCCUCCAACAAAAUCACGGGGCCGCAAUUGAGCCAUGCAAACAACGAUGUCACAGUGGUCAUCAAAGGUCAAGAAGAUCUCCUUGCAUCGCUUGAGAUGUCUCAUAGCAUAUUUGAAAAGUCCCGAGAACAGUCAGCGGAUGCACAAAAGGCGCACGCUGCUCUGACAGUGAUGUUGCGUAGGGUAAAGAAGGAGAACCAGCUCCAUGGCAUAGCAAGCGAGCCAACUUCCGGAGCAGCAUCCACCCAACCUCCGCUAUAUGGAAGCUGGCAAAUUAUACGGAAUCCACCUUAUGCUCUUGGUCUGGACGCCGACGCGAUGGCCGAGGCAACAAGCAUUAUGCAACCACCUUUGGCGUCCUUGGAUGUUAUUGAAGACAUGCUUGACGCACCGACAAACAUCAAUUGGGGUCUUUGGGACCAGCAGAUACAAGGUCUAGAGGACCAAGGAACGAGCUUUUGGAACGAUCCGAGGGAGAUAGAUAAAAUGCUUGAAAAUGCGUAG